UGGGGAAUCGUGUAAUGGCGGCUGGGGGUUACCUUGUUGGCGUAAGGACUGGCCGUGGCCAGUAGGCCGUCGAGGGUGGCUACUAGCCCUUCUCCUUUUGCACGCGGGAGGGGAGAGCUGGGAGUCGGAAGCCGUCGCCCGGGUGGGCCUGAGAUGAGGAAUUGAGCGAGCGUCGGCCGGCGAGACCGGGGCCACGAGGGGCACAGAGCUGGGCAGCAGCGUCGACCGCCGCGGGACACCAUGCCGCUCGUCACGAGGAACAUCGAGCCGCGGCACCUGUGCCGCAAAGCACUGCCCAGUGUGCGCAGUGAGCUGGAGUGCGUGACCAACAUCACCCUGGCCAAUGUCAUCCGCCAGCUGGGCAGCCUCAGCAAGUUUGCUGAGGACAUAUUUGGGGAGCUCUUCACCCAGGCCAACACCUUCGCCUUCCGGGUCAGCUCUCUGGCCGAGAGGGUUGACCGGCUACAGGUCAAGGUCACUCAGCUGGACCCCAAGGAAGAGGAAGUAUCACUCCAGGGCAUCAACACCCGCAAGGCCUUCAGGAGCUCCACCGCCCAGGACCAGAAACUCUUUGACCGAAAUUCCCUCCCGGUGCCAGUCUUGGAGACUUACAAUGUCUGCAACACCCCUCCGCCCCUCAACAACCUCUCCCAGUACAGGGAUGACGGCAAGGAGGCUCUCAAGUUCUACACGGACCCGUCUUACUUCUUUGAUCUCUGGAAGGAGAAGAUGCUUCAGGACACUAAAGACAUCAUGAAAGAGAAGAGAAAGCACCGGAAAGAGAAGAAGGACAAUCCGAACCGUGGGAACGUAAACCCGCGGAAAAUCAAAACGCGCAAGGAGGAGUGGGAGAAGCUGAAGAUGGGGCAGGAGUUCGUGGAGUCCAAAGAAAAGCUGGGGCCGGCUGGGUAUCCUCCCAACCUGGUGUACCAGAACGGCAGCAUCGGCUCCAGCGACAGCAUGGACACGGGCGGCGGCUACCCCCCACCCCCGCUGUCCGACCCCAACUCCCCGCCGUCCCCCUCUUUCCCCGAUGACAGUCUGCUGCCUCCCCCGCCCCUGGAGUUCAGCUAUCCGGCAGACGACCGCAGAGGUUCCGGCUCCGCGGGCCCCAAGAGGUCCAGCCUCGUCAGUCCGAGCCACCCGCCUCCUGCCCCGCCGCUCGGCUCCCCGCCGGGCCCCCGGCCGGGCUUCGCGCCCCCGCCGCCGCCCCCCACCAUCGGGGUGCCCCCGCCGCCGCCCGCCGGCUUUGCUCCCCCAACUACCCCUCCUCCGCCUUCCCCCCCGGCCUUCCCGCCCCACCCUGACUUUGCUGCCCCCCCACCCCCUCCUCCGCCGCCACCCCCAGCGGUAGAUUAUCCGUCUCUGCCGCCCCCGCCUGCCUCCCAACAGGUGGGAGGGGCCCCGCCCCCACCUCCCCCUCCACCGCCGCCCGGCCCUCCUCCCCCGCCUUUCGGAGGCCCGGACGGUCAGCCGCCGCCCCCGCCGCCCCCCUCGGACACGCCCACCUCGAAGCAGAAGUCCAGCCUGCCUCCCGUGAGCGAUGCACGCAGCGAUUUGCUCUCCGCCAUCCGCCAAGGCUUCCAGCUGCGCAAGGUGGAGGAGCAGCGCGAGCAGGAGAAGCGCGACGUCGUGGGCAACGACGUGGCCACCAUCCUCUCGCGCCGCAUCGCGGUGGAGUACAGCGACUCGGAGGACGACUCUUCCGAGAUGGACGAGGAUGACUGGUCCGAUUAGAGGCCCUUUGAGGGGCACCUGCCCCUCCUCCGCCCCCUCCCACCCUCGAGCAUCCCUACCACCUCCCGCUCAGCUGGGGACUUGCUGCUCAGCCCCCCUGGCAGGUGACUUCUCUUCUGCCACCUGUCAAACCUACAGGGCUGUGGUGGGGGUCCGCCUCCCCGGGUCUUCAAUGAACUGCCCCAUUGAAGAGCAGCUGAGCGCUCAGCUCCCUCCUUCCUCCUCCCCACUGCCGCCAUCCGCCAGGCCUUGGGGUGACCCGGUCCAGUGACUGAUUUGCCCUCCCUGCCCCCAAAGGGGGCCCUGAAAUGGUCAGCCACACUGGGGGCCAGAGGCGCCAAGGCCACCCUACAGGCUGGCAAGCAGGACCAAGGGCUGCCCCUCAGUUGAGUCUCCAGCUCCCUUGGACCCCUCGCUCUCGCGCUUCAGCACGCAGCCAGGGCUGGCAGCCGGGGAGCUGGUGAUGCCCCAGUCCCAGACCGCAGCCGCCUCUCCCUGUUUCAGGGCUGACCUGUCCCGGACGGGGCUUCUGAAACUGCACGGGGCAACUGGAGCCAUCAGUGGCCACGGUUGUUGCCGAAGGAUCCCUGGCCCCAGCCCGCCUAGAUGUAUAAGUCCGGGCAGGAAAAGAUUUGUGCCUUUUCUACCCCUUCUCCUCCUCCCCGACCCCCCAACUUUCACCUGGCCUGUUCCUGCUGAGGUCCCGGGCAGAAAGGGAGUCACGCUGUUGUGGCCUCCCUUAGAAAUGGCCAGGCUGUGGCAUACUGGCCCUGUCCAUCUGCCACCCCCAGCUGGCCUCUCCAUUUCUACUCCCGGACCUCAGGGGUUCCCCAGGGGUUGCCCACUCCCCUCCCUCAAGCCUCUGAGCCCCUCCCCCAUGCUUUCUAGAGCCCCGAUCCUUCAUGGAUGGGCUUAAUGCAAUUAAUAACUGGUCUGUGGGGCAAAUGGGAUGGAUCAACACGGUGCUUAGUUUUGGGUGCCUGGGCUGGCAGGUGAAAGGUGGGUUUCCCCACCCCCUUCCACCCACCCACCCAACGCUGGAUCCCAGUGGCCUUGGGGCACCCCGUGUGCUCCCCUCCCCGCCCCCCAUUCCUAGCCUGGAAGCUGAAACCAGCUUCAUUCAGUUAAUUCACUUGAAAAACUAACCAGCUCUUUCCCCAUCUAGACUACCAUAGACCGAAGACUGAACCAGCCAAAGUGCUCCCGAAGUGCCUUAUUCUCUGACACAAACACAGGAUCCCAGCCAUGGAGCAGGCAGGGAGUCUAGGGUCGGGGUGGAGGGGGGGGCGAGUCUGUCAAAGGAGGGUUCAGAGGAGCCUGGUGGGAGCCCUGGUCUGAAGGUGCCACCUGUUGCCAUGUGCCAGAGGGCAAGGCCCAGGAUCAGGCAUGUGUUUGUGACUUGAGAACCAGCUGGGGGUGGGCGGGGGGGAGUCUGUCCAGACAGCCCCCCACAUCCAUUUCCCAUGAGCCAGCGCUUAGGGCUACUGUGUUGUCCAACAAUGAGGGGGCAGUAGGUUAUUGGACCCUGGCCCCUCCUUGGUGCCCCACAGAGAGUCAUGUGUGCACACAGCCACUCUCACCUCCCUGAAUGAGGUUUGGGUCCUGCCCCUUCUCCGAGUUCCCACUCUCCCUUCCCGCGGGCCCCCCCCCCCAUGCCUUUAAGCGCUUAGUACAGUGCUCGGCACAUAGUAAGCGCUCAAUAAAUACUAUUGAAUGAAUGGAAUCAUACCAGUUGGCAGUAUCCCAAUGCCUGCAUAUAAACCCUUCAAACAAUUUAAA